CAGGCAGAUCAAUGCACUGGCUUGCAAGGAUUCCUUAUCUUCCACUCCUUUGGUGGAGGUACUGGUUCUGGCUUUACAUCUCUGCUCAUGGAGCGUCUGUCUGUCGACUAUGGCAAAAAAUCCAAAUUGGAGUUUGCUAUCUACCCAGCACCUCAGAUUGCAACAGCAGUGGUUGAACCUUACAACUCUAUUCUGACCACUCAUACCACCUUGGAACAUUCUGACUGUGCCUUUAUGGUGGAUAAUGAAGCUAUUUAUGACAUCUGUCGUCGUAACUUGGACAUAGAAAGGCCAACUUACACCAACCUGAACCGUCUGAUUGGUCAAAUCGUAUCCUCCAUAACUGCUUCACUGCGCUUUGAUGGUGCACUG